AUGCUAACAUUGCCAGAUGAUAGUGGAAUCUACGAUGUGUAUAAUGAUUCAUCCGAGAAUGGUCUGGGAUGUGUGCGUAUGCAAAAUGGAAGUGGAAAUGAGAAAAAUGAACCUAGAAGUGGUGGAAUGGGAGUACCAGCAGAUAUACUUGCGAAUCUAAGCAUUCAACCAACAAUAUUUGAUGAGAUAAGGGAAAAUCAGGCAGGAGAUGCAAAGUUGGAUAUAAUUCAUGAGAUACUAAAGCAAGGAAAAGCUACAAAUUUCAAAAUUCAUGAAGAUGGGAGUUUAAGGUACAAAGGUAGAUGGUGUGUACCACAAAAAUGUGUGGAAGUAAAGAGAAAAUUGAUGGAGGAAGGACACAAUACACCAUACACAGUACACCCUAGAGGGGAUAAGCUAUUCAAAGACUUGAAACAGAUGUAUUGGUGGCCUAGAAUGAAGAAUGAAGUUGCAAAAUUUUCAAAGAGUGGAAAUGAUACCAUUUGGGUCGUGGUGGAUAGACUUACUAAAUCUGCAGUGUUCAUGCCAAUGAAGGAGACCAGGAAGAUGGAGCAGCUUGUAAAAGCUUACAUCAAGAAUGUUGUGAGGUUACAUGGAGUUCCAAAGGAUAUUGUGUCUAAUAGAGAUUCUAGGUUUCUUUCAAAGUUUUGGAAGAGUGUGCAGGAAAAAUUUGGUACAAUACUAAAGAUGAGUACAACAUUUCACCCUACCACAGAUGGACAAACUGAGAGAACUAUUCAACCUUCGAAGAUAUGUUGA